GAGAGAACACGUAGAUGAGGAGACUAGACAUUAGUCCCAUGACUGAGGUGCUGACUGGGGCUCCGUUUGUCUCCUGUCUAACUCUGCUCUACUAAGUGGAUAAUGACACAGUGUUCCAUAGAUAGGCCUGUUGUUUACCCAGCUGCAUGUCUGCAGGACGUGCAGACAGACGGUGAAUCCCAUUUUGGCUUAACGUCUAGUCUUAAUGCAUUUCUGUCUUGAUUGGUUUGCUCAUCAACCAUUAGCAGCCAUUUACGAAGUAGAGUUCUGGUCUUUUGGUAAUAAUACCUGACAGAAAAUACUCAGGCAAACACCUGUGUUUCUCACCGCAGUAUUUGUACUUUUGUCCAGCUGUUUGAAAAGGUUUCUCAUAUGCAUGUCUCACCCCAGUCGAAGGGCCUGUAUGUCCUCUAUGUCUCACCCCAGUCGAAGGGCCUGUAUGUCCUCUAUGUCUCACCCCAGUCGAAGGUCCUGUAUGUCCUGUAUGUCUCACCCCAGUCGAAGGUCCUCUAUGUCUCACCCCAGUCGAAGGUCCUGUAUGUCCUGUAUGUCUCACCCCAGUCGAAGGUCCUGUAUGUCUCACCCCAGUCGAAGGUCCUGUAUGUCCUGUAUGUCUCACCCCAGUCGAAGGUCCUCUAUGUCUCACCCCAGUCGAAGGUCCUCUAUGUCUCACCCCAGUCGAAGGUCCUGUAUGUCUCACCCCAGUCGAAGGUCCUCUAUGUCUCACCCCAGUCGAAGGUCCUCUAUGUCUCACCCCAGUCGAAGGUCCUGUAUGUCUCACCCCAGUCGAAGGUCCUGUAGGUCCUGUAUGUCUCACCCCAGUCGAAGGUCCUGUAGGUCCUGUAUGUCUCACCCCAGUCGAAGGUCCUGUAGGUCCUGUAUGUCUCACCCCAGUCGAAGGUCCUGUAUGUCCUCUAUGUCUCACCCCAGUCGAAGGGCCUGUAUGUCUCACCCCAGUCGAAGGGCCUGUAUGUCUCACCCCAGUCGAAGGUCCUGUAGGUCCUCUAUGUCUCACCCCAGUCGAAGGGCCUGUAUGUCUCACCCCAGUCGAAGGGCCUGUAUGUCUCACCCCAGUCGAAGGGCCUGUAUGUCUCACCCCAGUCGAAGGGCCUGUAUGUCUCACCCCAGUCGAAGGGCCUGUAUGUCUCACCCCAGUCGAAGGGCCUGUAUGUCUCACCCCAGUCGAAGGGCCUGUAUGUCUCACCCCAGUCGAAGGGCCUGUAUGUCUCACCCCAGUCGAAGGGCCUGUGUGUCUCACCCCAGUCGAAGGGCCUGUAAAGAGAACUGAACUUGAUCUUCCUGAUUUUUGUGAUUUUAUUAAUAUUAUUUUUUAACCUGAACAGUUGAUCACUGGUUUCUCCUCCAGGAAUAUCCCGAGCUGACCUCCUCCUCCAUGUUGUUUUAUAUUUCUGUUUUGUUUUCUCUCCCU